UGUGAAUAUUUGUACUAUGUCUGGGCCUCCGACCAGGCCGGCCACCGCCUGUUCGGCGUUUUCUUUCUGCGGUAACCAGGAUCAGGAACCUCAAUUCCUUCCCACCCACGCUACACUACUGUAUGCAGCUUCCUCUCCUCCCCAUGCAGCCGGACAACUACUUCUGUCCGAGCGACAGUCGUUCAGAGGAUUAGUUGUUCACACUGCAGCCUCACGCGGAAUUCAGGGUUUCGAGACAGCGUGUAUUCUGGUCGCAAGGGCCUCGUAUCAUGAUGCCUCAAGGCCGUUUUGGCUACUGAUACCAGAGUCAUGUCAUGGAAGCCAUGGUCGCGGGAAGGCUCGCGGGCUGGUAUCCCUGGGGCACAUCUGAAGCUCUCGCCCACUCGCUCGAUUCCUGUCAGAUGCCACCGCGGAAAGGAGAAAAGAUCCCCAGGAAUUGAUUGUAAAAGCAGUGCUAUUUCGACAAUACUUCACUAGAGAAAACUCUGCGAGUCUUUACGAGGACUGUGUUAGCGCUCUUUGCGAUGUGCCUUAUGAGCCAGAAGUCUAAGAGAUGAUACGACCGACCAUAAACACAUUCCUAGGUCACAGAUAGUCUGGGUAGAAACGCAGGACCGCAGCUGGCUGGCUCCAUGGAUAGUUCCGAAGCCACAGUAGACCUCUGGGAGAUGUUGUUGACGCGAGGCGACUGCUG